AUGCCAGAUCAUUCUAUAGUGAGAGGUGAUCGAAACAGUGGACCAUGUCUACCUGGUCAUGGAGUACGUGAGCGGAGGGCAGCUCCGCAGCAUAUCAAGGACGCCCAGCGCCUGUGUGAGGAGAAGGCCCGUGGCAUUUUCAAGCAGAUCCUGUGUGCAGUCAAAUACUGUCACGACAGAGGCAUUGUGCACAGAGACCUGAAAGCUGACAACAUCCUGCUUGAUACUGAAGGCAACGUGAAAGUCAUCGACUUUGGCCUUGGCACCAGGUACUCCAUUGGAGAGGAGCUCACAGAUUGGUGUGGUGCCUUUACACACCGGGCACCUGAAGUAUUCCUGCGCCUACCCUAUGAUGGCCGAAAGGUGGACGUCUGGAGCCUGGGCGUCGUCCUCUACUGUAUGGUGACGGGAGCCUUGCCCUUUAGAGGGGAGACUGUUAUGCAGGUGCGGCGGGCAGUCCUGGAAUUAAGGUAUGACAUACCCAGAUACCUUUCUAUGGGCUUGAGAAAUGUCAUAGUUCAGAUGCUCACGAAAAACCCUAGUGAGAGGCCCACUGUAGACCACGUCGUGGGGCACCCUUGGCUAAGGCAAGGGGAGGAAGGGUCACCUAGUCCAGCUGUGGAGCGUCUGCCCAAACACCCGGACCCUGCAAUCGUGGUGGCCAUGCGUGACCUGGGUUACAACCCAGAUGACAUUCGCCAGUCUCUACUGCAGAGACGAUUUGAUGAGGCGAUGGCCACCUACCUCAUGUUGAGAGAUCAAAUGUGCCAGGAGGUUACAUUCAGAGCCCGAAUUAAGCCCCAGGUGCGCCCAGAGAUUGUGCCCACCCCAUCCCCUGCAGACCCUUCCACCUUUGCUCCCCCCUAAGGAGGAGAGCCAGUGCACCUGGCCUUCUUCAGACCUUCACGUUGUCCUCCGAUGACAAGACAGGGCACAGGGGCAGAGGAACAGCCAGCCUGCCUAAUGUUCCCCUCUGCAUCCUGCCAAGGAAUGUCUCUACCACAAGCAUCGUCCCCCAGCCUGGUCCUGCGGCUGCUCCGCCCCCUGGGGAGGUAGAGAGUGGCAUGUCCUCUAAGGGAAUGUCCUCAGAUGAACACGCCUUCACCAGCGGGCAGCCCCACGAUGUGGCCACAGUGCCUUCCAGCGGGAAUAUUCAAGGCUGGAAGAGGGUGAGGAGGAGGAUUGUGAACUCUGUUUUAAGACUGUGUUGUUGUGUGCGGGGCCAAAAGUGACACCCUCACUUCCACAACUAAGUGGCUUCAGUGAAAGCUACAGACAGCUGAGAAAGGCACAGUAACAACAGAGAGCCAGAGGACCCCGUGUGCGGUGCAUCCUUUCACCAUAGUGUGGGGGUUGGACCAGGUAUAUCCUCAGCCAGCUGCAGGAAGGAUUCAAGCAGGACUUUCAAGCUGCUGUGAGCCCAGCAAGCCCAGCAAAGGCCUCUGUCCAGCACAGGAGUGAGGAGUGAAACCAUCUUUCCAUGGAAUGGCCCAUGGUCAUGGGCCUCUCCUCAUGGGACAUGGAGGUCUCCACUAAGAAAAUCACCUGGAACCAAAAUGUGAGGAAAGCCUGGGAAUAGACCAGGCAUGUACUUUUUCAAGUGCCCUCAAGGUUUGAA